CCAGGGUGGGUGGCGCGAGCGCCGGCUUGCAAGGGGGCGUUUUCUGUGAGGAAAACAGCCGUUAAGCUGUCGUUGGUCAGGCUGCUGUUAAAUAUGAGCGGCCAGGAUGGUCCUGAGACGUCUUCGUUUCCCCAGACCCGCAGUCUCACGACUCUCGAUCGUACCGCAGGAGACCUCGACCCACACCAGGGCCUGAAAGUCCGUGAGGAAACCCAGGCGUCACAGGUGAUGGCGGAGCCGGGUGAGGGAAGCUUGCAGACCGUCGCGUUCUCACCGCCUCAGCUUCCAGAGGAGCCGGGAGCCUUCCACUCCCGCGUGGGCUGUGGCCAAACUCCCCGGAUCGGAGGAGGUGGGGAUGGAGGUUUCCUAGCGAAAGAAGCCCAGCGGGCGGAGGCUCCGCCUCUUACGGAAGGCCUGGAAGCCGGGGCUGUGUCCGUGGCAACGGACAACUUGAAAAAUGGCUGUCAGAGUGGGGAGCCGCGCAGCCCAGGUUGGGAGAAGCCCCCAGGAACCUGUGGUGCAGAGAGGUCGGGGUCUGAGGUGUUGGAAGAGGUGAAGACCAGUGAAGUGGAGACUGAAAAGUGCACCAUUUUCUCGGUAGCGCUGGAUGAGGUGGUGAAGGAGGAGGAGAUGGUGGAGAAGGAAGAGAUGGUGGAGAAAGGAGUGGAGGAGGAGGAGGUGGUGGAGCAGAAGAUGGAGAUAGAGAAGCAAGUAGGGGAAGAAAUAGAAAUGAUGGAGGAGAAUAGAGUGGUAGAGGAGGUGAAUGAGGAAGCAGGGCUCCGACCCUUGAAUAUGGAUCUCCGCAUGAACCCCCUGGAAGCCAUCCAACUGGAACUGGACACUGUGAAUGCUCAGGCUGACAGGGCCUUUCAACAACUGGAGCAGAAAUUUGGGCGCAUGCGUCGUCAUUACCUGGAGAGGAGGAACUACAUCAUUCAGAAUAUCCCGGGCUUCUGGGUUACCGCUUUUCGGAACCACCCCCAGUUGUCCCCCAUGAUUAGGGGCCAAGAUGCAGAAAUGUUAAGAUACAUAACCAAUUUGGAGGUAAAGGAGCUCAGACACCCCAGAACUGGCUGUAAGUUCAAGUUCUUCUUUCGAAGAAACCCCUACUUCAGAAACAAGCUUAUUGUCAAGGAAUAUGAGGUCAGAGCCUCUGGCCGAGUGGUGUCUCUCUCCACUCCAAUCAUAUGGCGCCGGGGCCAUGAACCCCAGUCCUUCAUUCGCAGGAACCAAGAUGUCGUCUGCAAUUUCUUCACCUGGUUUUCAGACCAUAGCCUUCCGGAGUCUGACAAGAUUGCUGAAAUUAUCAAAGAGGACUUGUGGCCAAAUCCACUGCAGUAUUACCUGUUGCGUGAAGGAGUGCGUAGAGCCAGACGUCGUCCAAUAAGAGAGCCUGUAGAGAUCCCUAGGCCCUUUGGAUUCCAGUCUGGUUAAUCUCUGCCUUUGGAAAUACUGCACAGGGUCCCUUACCACAUCUUGCUGGACCCGUGCUUGGACAACAAGAAAUGGGUAUGCCUUCUACCUUUUUUUUUUUUUUUUUCCUUUUUUUUCUUUAUUCUCCUGACAUUUCUACAACUUUUUUCCUCUGGAUAGUUUUCUCAACCUCAAGAUUGAGAUUUUCAAGGCCAUACCCUUCCAUUUCCACAUGGCCUUCGUUUUGUUCUGCAUUACUAUCACAUGCUGUGUGGUCAUGAUACACAUCACUCCUAAGCGAAGCAAAUGCUGCUGUAAAUUGCAUUGCCCUUAUAUGCACUGCAUGGGCCCUGUUUGUUCCUAGGGCUUUUUGUCUGACUCUUUCCACCUGGAAUUGUAGCUUUAUCUAGGAGCCAUUCUGCCCACUCUGCUCUGCAGUACAGGCAUGUAGCCUGUGGACAAUUGUGGGGCAUUAAUGAUAUCGAGAGAGCAGCAGUUGGCCAGCUGGUCUGAUUUAUAUGACUCCAUUGCUCUUCUUGCACCUCUAGUUACCUCCUGCUGCCUACUACUGGCUAUGCCCACCCACCUUGGGAUACUACCUACUGGAUGAAUACCUUGCAGAUCAUUGUCAGCCCCACUGUGGUCUCAUUUCUUUUAAAGAAGAAUCCCUAGAGCUGGUGAUGGACCCAAAUUUCCUACCAGCACACAAAAGAUACAGUCCUUUCCUAAAAGACCUUGAUUCCAUCCUCCCCCCCGCCCCCCGGUUCAUGAUCCAGAUCCCUACUGUCAGGCAAGUAGUUAAGGUGACAAGUUAGACUUUAUUCUUAUUGCAAUAGUAAGGAUGGUGUCCAUUCCAAGUACCAGGCUUUCUCAGCCUCCACUAGUAAAUUCACACAAAACCUAGGUAUACCUCUUUGUGCCUCUUUUCCUUACCCUGAACAUGAUUAAGUGCCAGAGUGGUAGUACACUUUCUCUCUGUCUGCCUCUUGUCUCUUAAAAAAAACAUGAUAGCUCAAAAGUAGGCGUUUUAAUUUAGUUUUAGCUCUUCAUUAUUUCCAGGGACAGGUUGUCCUGUAAAAAUAGACUGCUAGAGCAUUAAGUUCCCUCUGCUCUCUUCCCCAUCCUCCAUUCCCUUUAGCGACACCCAGAGGGUUGAAAGGGAGACAGAGCUAGAUGAAAUGAAAAGUGGUAUCUAGUUCAUAGUCGAUGGAAGAACUAGAGAUUUUGAUGGGUGCUCUAAGCCGGGGAAACAACAGAUGACCACAGGCAAAAAUGAGCAAGAUAAAAAUUGGGCCUCAGAUUAAGGAGGCUUCAAGGAAAAGGUUCUUUUUCUGACAGUGGUAAUGGGAGGAGAAAUACUUUUUCUCAGGAUUUCCAUGGGAGAAUUGUUAAAUGUGUUGCUCAGAAAAGAAUACUUUAAAGAAACAAAGCAACUUUGGGUGCUUUCUCUUAUUUUCAUUUAAUUUAUGUGGAAGGUUAAUAUCGUGUUUUUUGUUUCACUAGUGUUUAGUAAAAUAACAUUUUCUGUUUCUGCUUAAUGAGAAAAUUGAGUUGUACAGGCUUUCUUUUUGCUUUCAGUUGGGAACAUUUGGAAAAAUAACAGCUUUCCUGUAAGAUAUAGAGACUUAAAUGAAUAUGAGUUUUCAACUUGUUUUUGUUAAAACUGUGUCCUUAGAAAUAUAAUUUGAGUAACUUGGUUUUGUCAGAUUCUGAAGACUGGAAAUUGUUGUCUUCAUGGAAAAAUAACCUACAAAAAAAUGUUUGACUUGAUUGUCUUUCUU